AGCCAUACACACACCAGUGAUUGACACACGUCAAGACAAGCGGCACUGCAACCUUCCUGAAUAGAUGACUGAUGAUCACAUGGCGCAGCACAAACAGGAAGUGAGAAGGACUGAUCCAACACAAAGUCUGUAGUCACUCAAAAGGAAGGGUGGACACGAUUGCUUCUCCACUACCAUGACGCUCCUCGUCGUCCUUUUUCGAGGUCCCUUUGACAUCAUUAUCUUCAUUGUUGCUGUACUUCCUCAGCUUUCCUUUUCUAUAAGUUUGUUUUGGGGGUUUGCUUUCUACUCAAAAGUCAGUGAUGAUGUCACUGUCAGAUCAGAGCACCUACUGCUCAAAGCUACUGGGGAGACUGCAAUGAUAGGCUGCGAUGACAUUGUUGAUCAUGUUUGUUUUGACAGCAGAGCGCACCCAGGCCACCGUCUUGCUUCUGCUAUGGGAGGCCGCUGCUGGCAUUGCAACAGCUGGCCUCCAGCAGGUGGCCUACCAGGGGGAAGCAGUCACUUUGUCCUCUUCAGGUGACCCAUCAUGGAAGCUGGUGUCCAUAAAGUGGUCCGUAUAUUUCAACGAGACUUGGAUUGCCACUUUUCACGGGGGGAAGAGCAACACUGAGCGCUUUUUCCUGUUCCGGGGACGGCUGAGUCUCAACACCACCACAGGUGACUUGACCAUCCAUAAUGUGACCAGAGAGGACGCCAUGGACUACUCUGUGGAACUGGUGGACGUAUACAAGCGCAGCAUGGCAACGGAGGUGACGCUGGUGGUGAGAAAACACCUCCAGAAACCCACCCUGCGGACACUCUUUGCCAUACGCUUGGAUGACGGCUGCUGGGUAGGACUUAAUUGUUCGUCUCAGGAUGUUGGCGUCAACCUCUCCUGGACACUUGAACCACCCCUUGGGAACUCUUACAACACGUUGGAGCCUGUCAGCAAGUCUGGGGUUCUCCUCGCAUUCUUCCAUUUCUACGACGUUGUGCAGUUCACAUGCACCUCCAGCAGCCACCUGGAGAACAUCUCCAACAGCCUCUACAGGAAUUGUAACGCAAACACGGGUGUGAUGACGACAGAGCAUCGACCUCGUGAUCGAAGUGGACUGUUUGUUUUAGCGGGAAUCGUCGUCGGCUUGUUAGCCAGUAUCAUGUUAAACCAGUUGAGAGGUGAGAGCCAACACGUGUCACGUUAGCGUGCAGCUAACUCCCACAACAAAUAACAUCUGUUUUCCCGCCGAUUAGCUUUGGAAUGCUUGUCAUUUUGCCAAAUGUACAAAGGUGUGUGAUUAGAAGAAGACACCAAAAAGAAUAAUAUUAGAAUUAAAUGUAUUUAUUAUGUUUGUGUAUUUGUGCCUCUGUUCCAUCAUUCUCCACAAGGUAGCUUUCGUUUAUCACUGGACACAGCAGGUGGCAAUCUAGAAGGUGUGGUCUUGUGUAGCGACGCGGGCCAGGUCGAUCUUGUCAUAGAGUGUCUGCAUGCAGGCAAAGCCAUCAGGUGCGACAGAGGACGGGGCACAGGAUACUCCCACAGCCAUUGUUCUCUCGUCGUCACCAACGCUCUCGUACGGCGAACUCUCUUUGGUUGGCGUUGACCUUCCCUGCAAGAUCAAAAGUCGAUCAGAAAUAACGGGACAGGAGAGUGACGUGUGCGGACUCACAUCACAAAUGUCAGCGUAGACCGUCAUUUCCUCGCACUUCCUCCCUGUGAAGGCAAAGAGGAAGUGAGUUACCAACCUAAAAGACAGCGAGGCGAUGAAGGGUCUCACCUGCUCGUCUCCGUCUGUGGUGGCAAGCGACUGAUGUGACGAUGCCUGCCAUGACGAGCAGGCAAGCUCCUGCUGCUACGCUGAGUGUGAACACAAAGUUUGGCGCCUCUAAAAUUAUGACAUCACCAUGAGUGACAGCAUGGGGUGAAAAAGUUGAUUGUGAUAUGGCAGCAGCACCUGUGGUGGCGGCGUGCAAGGACAUGUCAUUAGCACACUUCACUGCAACAGAGGCGGACUUCUCGCUCACUACAUUGUAGAUGGUGCAUGUGACCUCCCUGGUGGCAUGCUGCGGCAGGACGUGGAUGUGAUGGCGGGCGCCGCUCAGGCUUCCAUUCGUCACUGUCCACUUGAACUCUACAGGCUUGCCAGCAGGGGCGCUGCAGUCCAGUAGGAUGCUGCACGAUUGGUUGGUGGCGUUCCAGGUGGCGUUGACUGUCACGACAGGCUCAGUGGUUAUUGGCUCUGAAGAAUAGAGGAGAAACAGGGGGGCUUAGGAUGUUUGCUGCCAUUGAUCUGUCUCCACCUGUAUGUGGCAUGUGGUAUUACCAUGAACGUGCAGCCUGACAUGCACCGUCUCUCGCUGGCUGUCGUUGAUGGCAGAAACAAAACUGAAGACGCCCAUGUCAUGCAGCGUGACGCCUGUCAGCGUCAGACUGAAGUUGUGAGGGUUGAGGUGAAGUCGGCCUGCAAACUGACCAGACCCCAUAACAACUUUCCUGCCUUGAUAGUUCCAGUGUCCGAAGGUCAAAUCUUGGCCCGCCGAACACGACGGGAGCUCCACCGUGUCCCCGACUCGUUUGUGAAAAACACUCUGGCAACCUUGAGCUUCUGUGAAGAGGAACAACAGAUUCGCUGGAAACAGGAAGAGUGACAGUGAGGACAAGCUGACCUCAGCAAAAGUACACAAAGACCGUUUUGCCAUUUUGGCUCAACAAAACUUUCUAGAAGAGGUCAGGUUCCAAGAUGGCAGAAAGCACGUACCGUGGUGGAUUGCCAGCAGCAGCAGCCAUCCGGAACCGCUGUACAGGAAGUAGUUGAAGGUGCAAGUGGCCAUCAGCAGUUUUCUUUGUCCAACUCUGCAGCGGUAAGAGUCAGGAGAGGGAUGGGCUGACUGGGAGGGAUCAGAGCACCCGCCAGUGGACGCAUUGAUGACCUCAAAGUGGGUGGAGUCUUUUCAGAAGUUCUUCAGUUUUUAUUUAAUUUUCACACAAAUGUCUGUAUUUGUGGCAAAUGGUCAACAUGUAAAGUAUAGAUAAAUAUCUUUAUCAUAAAUAUGUUAAUCCAACUUAAAUAUCAAUAUUAAUGGAGAAAAGACAACAAAUUUCACGUAGAAGACUACAAAGUUAGUGACAUGAUAGCGUCUGUUAAAAGCCACAAAAGUGGACCAUAAGGGUGGGACCAGUCGGAGGCUGUGACGUCACUUUCCGUCUCGUGGUCAAACGUUGCUGAUGCGCAUGCUCAGCUGGCUACUGUCUUGGACAUGGCCCCGCCCCUCUGACAAGAAGCGCUCUCCCAGCUGCAUCUUGUCCAGGCCUGCCCUUUCCUUGCCGCUGUGGUCAUGGUUUGGUGGAGGGGCCUGUGCUCUGGUUUUGGCCACUCUGUCGAAGAAGGCAAAAUCGGCCACAUAUCCGCCCGAGGCGGAUAGUGAGACGAUGGGAGGGAACUCGUAGCCCCAGAGGAUCUCAUCUGGAAGGUAGGACGUGCGCACCUGGCAGGUGGCAGAUGUUGGUUCCACUAUGGCACUCAGGAUCACCAGCAGCUCAAAGUCUGCAAGCUCGCCGUCUGUCCAACCGCCACCUGGUGGAUGGGAAGGAUGGCCUUAGGGAGCCGCUAGCUUGGUGCUAAAAGGGUGGCAGCCUACCUCGGGCUGCCCAGGCUCUCAGUGGGCUGCUGUCAUCGAUGAUGUGGUAGAAGGUCAGUGGGAUGAUAAGGAAGGGACUAUCGCUGGAUGUGUCCACCUGGAAGGACACGUUGCGCUGAUCCAGCCUCACCGUCUCACCUUCCUCACAAAGUGACGUCUGCAGUAGCUUGCCUGUCACCUGAGUGGCGACAUGGUGGCAGGUUGAGUAGGUGGAAUGAGUAAGCAGGGAAAAACGUGCUGACAACCUGACAUCCUAAUAGCAGACUCUUGCGCAUGUUGGCCACUCGGAUCAUGAGACACGGACGCCCCUUGUGUGUGGACACCACGGCAUGCUGACUGAACUUGACUGUCGCUCCUCGCUUUUUGGGACGGGCCACCUGUUGGGAGCAGGAAAUCAGAAGGUAACGACUGCUGGCUGAAAGGGAAGCGGUGCCUAUGGUCACCUUGGCCAGAAAAGUGCCGGUGAUGAAGAUCUCCAUCACCAUGGUGACCACCAGCUGGACAAUAAGCAGGACGAUGGCAGCUGGACACUCCUCUGUGAUGCAGCGGAAGCCGUAGCCAAUGGUGGUCUGUGACUCCAGUGAGAAGAGGAAGGCUCCCGUCAGCGUCUUGACUUCCAUGACGCAUGGCGUAUGGUCAGUGGGCAGGGCUGACUCUGGUGGGACAGCCAAGAGCAAGCUUUGGAAUUUUACGCUGUUAUGUGCCGCUGCCCCCUAAAAUUGACUUACCCGCCAGGUCUCCAUGCAACAUGGCCACCAGGUACCACAGCACGCCAAACAGGAACCAGGUGCCAGCAAAAGUGGCGCAGAACAGGACGAACUUGUAGCGCCACUGCAUGUCCACAAAGGUCGUCCACAGGUCGCGCAGAUAGAGUGUUCGACGCCCACUCACAUGCUCGAUGUGCACGUUGCUCCGCCCAUCUUUGGAAAGGACGCGUCGCCUCCUCCGCAGACCUCUGCUUGCUCUUCCUGCUGCCGAGCUCAGCAGCGGCCGGGUGAUGUCCGUCUGUGUGUGGGAGUGGCUUACUUUCUGUGGGGAGGGGCCUUCCGAGGGCGUCAUGUCUUUCACCUGACGGAAAGUGGAACACAGGAGAAAAGUCGCAAUGUGUCUCAUCUACGGCUGUCAAAUGAUUCAAAUGUUUGAUCAGAUUUAUCACGGUUUUCAAAUUAAUUCAUGAUUAACACUAUAAUAUAUAAAUAUAAAUAUGCCUAAUGUGUUUCCUGUGAUUGGCUGGGAACCAGUCCAGGGUGUACCCCGCCUCUCACCCAAAGUCAGCUGGGAUAGGCUCCAGCUUACCUGCGACCCUAGUGAGGAUAAGCGGCAUAGAAAAUGGAUGGACGGAUAAAUAUUGUUACUGUAUUUUAUUGAAAGAAAAAUAUAAAAAUAAUUGUAUGUAAUAACAGCGCCAAAUUAUCUGAAAAUUUUAAUCAAGCUUAGAGAUGGCACACGUGUCUGAAAAUCUAUUUACCCAACACUGGUUUCUUUAAUCACAGAAUAUUCGAUUCCGACUUAACUGUGUUAUGAGCAAUGAGGAGUUGCGUUCAAAGACGCCACGUCACUGAAGAAUUUUGUGGGAGUUCCGAACAUACGUAAAUGUAGCAAAUGGUACUUUCACCAUAAGAGUUAAAAAGUGAGUGACAAGAAUAUACACUUAUUGUUUGACUUUGCAUUUCUGUUUAUUUAGAACACACAUACACGCAUAUUAAAGAUGUUGUGGCGUUUGGGGUGUCAAUAAAUGCAUCUCGCAGUCUGUCUUGUGACAAUGAGAACGUGUCGUUGCAAUGACAAACGGACUUGCACUGCUGUUGAUAUGUUCAGGUCAGAAUAAAGUUACAAGAGAGCGUGGGGAGCUACACUGUGCCGCAGUCUGUCAUAACAGAGACCCGUGGCUUGCCAUGAUGCGUAUACGUUAAUUACGCUAAAAAAUGUAACCUAAUUCAUGAAAUAAAUUAAGUACCGCCGUUAACGCGCUUAUUUUUGACAGCCCUAGUACUGCCACAUUAAAAGCGUCAGAAGCUCUUGUGUAUAAUAGCCUUUGACCCAAGCCAUGUUUUCACUUUCACUGGGAUUGUGUGAGCGUGCGCGCGCGUGUGAGUGAGGUGGGCAGUGGAGAAUUUCAGAGGAGGGUUCGCUGUUUGAGUCCCGUUCGCAAACAUCCUUCAUGUCCCUCUAGCAAAUGAGCUAAUCAAUCUUCUGGUGCUUGGUCAUGUGACCCAGUGUCAGCGUCAGCUCUGUCAGUGUGUGCCCCCUGCUGGACAGAAGCAGAACAAAAGCCAGUUGUCUAAGCGUUGCCGUUGCCGUGGUGAUCGCACAAAAGUCCAGCAGGAAGUCUGACAACUCCACUUCCUGUAUGGCCUUGAGUUAUGGCGUUGACCUACAUCAACAGAACACGUCCUUGUUGCCAUGGAAACUGCAGAGUUAACUUAAGUUCUUGAAAAUGUACAAAGUGGAGCAACUAAAUGUACAGAAGCUCGAGACAUUAUACUGUAUUCAAUUGACAAUAAAGUACACUUUGUCUUUGCUACACACAACAAACCAAUCACGUCUCUUUGGCAUGAUGAUGAGGAUGGUGAUGAUGAGCAUCACAACGAUGAUGACGAUGAAGGUGAAAAGGUGUCUUACCUUCAUGAUGAGCGUCAGAGUGACGUGCCCGUGUCACGGUGUGGUCAUGCCAUGGAGUGAAGAGCAUGCACGUUGAGGUACUGGUGGUACUGGUGGUACUGGUCCCAGCAGCUCAUUAUGGGAACAAACACCCCUAACCCGCCCCCACUGGCCCCCCAUGGCACCCCAUGCCACAGAGGACUUCUUUGUGUCUUCAUGACAACCAAUCACAAAGUCUUAAAUGAUGGCAGUUGAAUGUGAUUAUUAUGGGAUAGCGUCUGAUGCCCCCUGAGGAACAAAGCGGUACUACAAGGCAAACUUUUUUUUCUCAUGAAGUCCUCUUUGUCUGCUUUGUGCAAAUCAAAUAUAACAACUCGUCAUCAUCAAGUCUUGUGUGUGUGUGUGUGUGUGUGUGGCCAGCAGAGGUCGCAGUGGUCUCGUGACGUUUCUUGUGCGUUUCUUUCCACAUAAAUGUCUUCAAAUAUGUCAUCUCAGGUCGCCAUGGUGACCAUGCUGAUAGAGAAAGCAGCAAAACAAGAUGUCGCCUGAUUGUGUAACACUGAGAACGAGCUAGAUGGGUCAGGACGUCUUGUUAAUGAUAAACACUUUUUAUUUGCCGUCAUCAACAGGUCAAAGGGUCGUGUGGCGUGAUGCCAGUCAGUGUGCUGCUGAGAGAACAAACAUUUUUUUUCUCUCGGACCUCUUCCUGUCUUCAUCACAUCCCUCACUAUGUGCUGCUUGCAGGCUCCCCCUGCUGGGUCGCAGUGGAAUAUCUUUGUGCGCUUGUCUGUGUGUUUGUGGAGUAUUAAUACAAAGACUCGAAAAGUCACGCGUUAUGUAAUGCGCAUUAUUCAAUUUUCACACGGAGUCGCCAUGUGGCGCGAAUCCACAUGCUAACACUCAGAUACGCAUGUGAAACUUGUGACGUGACCUUUCCUUCCUUUCUUUUUGAAUUUUCUUAUUCAAGUUUGUGUGGUUGUUGUUUGUCUAUCUGUGCCCUGCGAUUGGCUGGCGACCAGUCUAGUGUGUACCCUGCCUUUCACCCAAGGUCAGCUGGGAUGGGUUUCCAGCAUACCCCCCCCAGCCCUAGGGAGGACAAGCAGCAUAGAAAAUGUAUGGAUGGAUGCAUGGAAUUUUGUGUGGUUGUGAAGUGGACUUUUCCAAGAAUUUUGUGUCCAUCGUAAAGUCCUCGACGGAGACGCCAUAAACUUACAGUGCAUAGUUACGUUUAUGUAACUCCUUUUACAGCCGCCACACUCUGCACUUCCUGUUUUUGGACCUUACCGGUUACUUAUUGCUCACCUUGGCCACUGCCAUCAUCAUCCACUUCAUGCUCGCCACAUUCCUGGCCCCAUCAAGCUAACAUAGCUACCUAAAGCUUAUCUAGCCACCACGUGUUAACCUGACCAUGUCCUACUAAGUUAACCCCCUCGUGCUAACCAGGUCACCUCAUGCUAAUUUAACCCCCAUGUGUGCAUAUCUGGUCACGUUACGGCGGUGGUGCUAGUCAUUAAUAAAUCUGUGGCAGUCAGUGAACACAUGCGCCGUGGCUGACCUUUUCAGCACAAUAUUGGCAUCCUGCCUCGUGCGGCACAUUGAAACAAAAGAGGAAGUGGGACUUUGUGUCCUUGUUUGGGUGUCUUGGGGGUCAGAGGUCACUAAUUGCGCAUGCAUGCAA